UCGUUUGUUUACAUUUUCAGUUUUACCACACUAUCUUUCUUUCUUUUGCGAAUUGCAACCCAGCAACAGAUGUUUUCAAGUGCAUUUGUUCAUUGGCGAUUUUCUGAUUUGUUAAAAUUUUUCUUGGCGUUUUGUGUACAAAUAUAAAACUUAUAACGGAACGGUUAUCACAAUAAAGAACUUGAAAAACAAUGCCAAAAGCGAAAGUAUAUCACUGUGACUCACCGAAAUUUGUGUCGCGUGCUUGUUGAUAAAAUUAUUUGCGAUUGUGCCCUCACGUUUUCUGCCAGCGAUCACUGACCGACUGCGAUAGAUUUAUUACACAACAAACAAUAAAUAAAACUACAUUAUAAAUAAGUUAGCAUAUACUAAAAAUAAACCAUAAACAAUUUGUAUCUGUGCAAAGAGAAAGAACAGAAAACUACAUUUGCGAUUCAAGUUCACCACAUUGACGCUGACGUAGCGUUGUUGUUUCAGGAAGCAAAUAUAUGUAUAUAUAAAAAAGAAAACAACCGGCAAAAACAGAUUUUAGUGUAUAAAUUGCUACUUUAUAUUUAAAUAUGCUACCAGGACGACAGAUGCCCCAGCCUCUGGCGCAGGAGAAUCCAUUAUGGGUGUCUUGGCACGACACACAAAUGAUGGCGUCACUUAGUCCAGCCACAGUCAUGGAUUAUUUUUGCCGCAAAUCUAAUCCUUUCUAUGAUCGAGUUUGUAAUAACGAAACUAUUCGUAUGCAACGCUUAAGUCUGGAACAUUUAAACAAUAUGAUUGGCGUUGAAUACAUUCUGCUACAUGUGGCCGAACCCAUUUUAUAUGUAAUUAGAAAACAGCAUCGUCAUAGUCCAACAGAGGCAACACCGAUGGCUGAUUAUUAUAUUAUUGGGGGUAUGGUAUAUAAAGCACCUGAUUUGGCAAGCGUAAUUAAUUCGAGAAUUCUAGCUACGGUGUCAAAUCUACAAUCAGCUUUCGAAGAAGCUAGCAGCUAUUCCCGAUACCAUCCAAACAAGGGUUAUACGUGGGAUUUUGUUUCAAAUAAAGCACUGGCAGACAAAUCUAAAGGAAAUAAAAAAGACUCGUCAUCUAACAAAGACGAUGGCGGUACGAUAUUUCAAAAACAGCGAGUUGAUAUGCUAUUAGCAGAGUUAUUGCGUAAAUUUCCACCCCCGAUACCGCCAAUAAUACAUCAGCAACAAAUGCAAAACCAACAACAAUUGCAACAGGCACAACUUCAAAAUGCGGUUCACGAAGCAAGUGCGAGUGAUCCAAGUACUUCCAAUAAUGGUGUUGUACCUUCAGAGACGAGUCCUUCACCUAAUACUGCGCAAAGUCUAGUUGAACCGAAAACCGAGGGUGUCGAUAUGAAGCCUCCUCCGGAGAAAAAAAUUAAAAUGUAGAAGGAACCAAUCACUAUUUUAAUUUAAUAAACAGAAUAACUUACUCAUAAUUUAAACAAUAAAUGCUAUUAUAGAAAAAAUAUUUUUAUUAUUACAUAUGUAUGUAUGUGGUGGUGUGCCAUCCCGAACGCUUUUAAAGCAUACCAUUUUUGCCUCACGUAAAAUGUGCAAUUAAUAAGCCAUAUUCAGUAGGUUAUUCAAAUAUUUGCAAAAAUUUAUUCAAUAGCUGCGUUUUAGGCAUACUGAUUUUGUAAUUAGCAUUUUCACUCAGUGUUAAAUAACUUCCAGAUAAAUAUUCUUAAUUACAUAAAUAUAACAAAGAAUGUGUUAAUUGUUUUUGAGUAUACACAAAAAUAGUUAUAUGUUUCCUCUAAUAAAAUACAGAUGCAAUUAGACAAGUUCUAUUGGGCCACUUUCUUUGCCACCCCA